AUGAUGGAAAUCGAACGAGAAUUCCCGCGUCUCUCCCCGAUCGUCUCCCCUCCAUCGUCGAUUUUCUCCGAGGAGCUGAAUUUGGAUGGUGAUGAGGGCCUCUCAUCGCCAUAUUCCCCACCCGGACCUCUGUCCCCAUCAGAAUACUGUGGACCGGACACAGCACAACUCCUCGAAUUUGUCAAUUCACGGUUGUCAAGCGUUGAUCAGAACGAUUUUGGGUCUGACAUUACGUCAAUGGCCUCUUCCGACACCCGAGAAAUCAGCGGCUCUCUCUUCUAUGAUGUAGUACAGGCCCAAGUUGCGCUGUGGACGUGUAUAUUUUCGUUACUGUACUCUUACGCCUGGCGACAACACCGGAAAAAGUUUAUCAUGAGUAUUUUCAUCAUCGUCCCCACCGUCUUCACAAUCUGCUGCCUCAUCUCCACACUUUUGACGACGAUCGUCGUCCUCGGCAGGCUAUUCUCCAGCCCAUAUACCUACACGGAUUUCCUUAAUCUUAAGGAAAAGAUCUUACCCGCCGACAGCGACAUGGCCCCGACCGGGCGGAAACGAACACUUUCCGGCGCUUCGACUAUCAGCUGGCACAGCGAGGUCGGACAGCAAGACGUCCUUCCGCGUCCCCUCUGCCGACGCCAUUCCGCCUCGAAUGGUUCUGUGAACGGCUCGCGGCCGCCGUCCCGGAAACUCUCGUACUGCUACAGUCAUACCCCAGCAGAGCACGGGAGCACCGAGAAGGUCGAA